AACCUCCACACAACACCUCCCAACCCGCCCUUCUCUGCUCUGCGUCACAUGCGGCGCAUCCUCACAGAAACCGAGCGGAACCACUACGAUCCUGACCUGGAUUGAGGAACGCUCAACUGAAAGACACGACCGCAGAUCCGGAUGGAGUCAGGAGAACAAGGCCGAGGCGGCCAGCAGCUCCCGGAGCCGCCGCGCUCGACUAACGACUGCAGGCUCCUGUGAUCAGAGCAUAUUCUAUCUUCACGACCAUCUCCCUGCUGAGGCUCUCCUCAUCCAUGGAUCUACUACACGUAGGUUAGGGGAGGGUGUGGCGCUGUGGUUCCCAGUUUACAACUGAAGUGUAUCUAAACUAAAGCUGAUGGAUCUAAAGAAAGUUCUGUCCUUCCCUCCAUACCCUGGGGAUUACCUACAUCCUGUGGUGUAUGCCUGCACUGCAGUCAUGCUGCUCUGCUUGCUUGUUUCCAUCAUGACAUACAUUGUACACCACAGUGUCAUCCGCAUCAGCAGGAAGGGCUGGCACACACUCCUCAACUUCCUCUUUCACACAGGACUGACAUUUGGGGUGUUUGCUGGAGGCAUCAACCAGAUCCACUUUCCUUUGGUUUGUCAGAUUGUUGGCAUUGUACUCCAUUAUGCUUCGUUGUCGACCAUGUUGUGGCUGGCGUUUACUGCUAGAAACAUCUGUAAAGAUGUGUGCAAAGAUCCACUUGGAGCCCAGGACAGGAGCGGUCCAGCUCAGAAAUGUUCCAAAGCAACCAUCCUGGGAUUUUAUCUUGUGAGUGAUGGAGUACCUCUGAUAGUGGUAGGUAUUACAGCAGUGUUUGGUAUGGAGAACUACGGCAGCAGGGACGGGGAUUUGUAUUGCUGGAUGGCUUGGGAACCCAGCCUGGGAGGGUUUUAUGGUCCUGUGGGUCUUCUGGUCUUAGUCAUGUCUCUGUACUUUUUGAAUACCUACAUCCAGCUGAAGCGCCACCCAGAGAGGAAGUAUGAAUUGCGCCUUCUGAGUGAGGAUCAUCAGAAGUUGUCAUCCAGUGAGUCAAAUCAUCAUUGUCAAAGUGGCAGUGGUGGAGCUUCAGGGUCUUCUGGAGACUGUCUGCCAUUUUCUACUGGUGUGUCUGUGCUGGCUAAUGAACACUCGUUUAAAUCCCAACUCCGGGCCACCAUCUUCACACUGUUUCUGUUCCUGGCAACCUGGGCUUUAGGAGCAUUGGCCGUAUCACAGGGACACUUCCUAGACAUGAUAUUUAGCUGCUUAUAUGGGGCUUUUUGUGUCACUCUGGGCCUCUUCCUUCUCAUCCAGCACUGUGCUAAACGGGAUGAUGUGUGGAAUCGUUGGUGGGGUUGUUGCCAUUCCAUGUCAAAGUCAGAGGAUGGAAAUACUGAUGGUCAGAAGCAGCAGAUCCAUCAAGCACACUGCCACUUGAGCGCUCCAUGUUCAGGCAAGCAGACGCUGCUUUCUUCACACCUUUUGCCGAGUUCUUUUGACAAAAUGACACCACCUCCUCACAGCCCAACUCCAAGUAACACAGGUCCAUGUUGUGUGGCUGUAUUGAGUCCAGCAUCCCCCAUCCCAUCCCUCAUUGAGCCAGGGCCCUCACCACGUCCACAUUCCCUACCUGAUGAGCUCCCUCGCCCAACUCUUCCCCUCCAGAGAAGCCUUACUGAAAGAGCAAAGUCACACUCCUUUAACCGCCCACGUCCAUGUCUACAAGACUACCGCUCACAUAUGACUUCCCUGAGUAUGGAUGGAAGUGUGCACACCUCCCACAGGGAUAACUCUCAGCCUCCACAUUAUCUCGAAGGAACACCGCUGGUUCCCAACAGUCUACUCCCAGAUCUUCAGCUUCCUUGUCCUAGCCCCCACCUAGAUAAGCAGAUGGCUUCUAGCCACACCUUACAACGCCAAACCUCCUGCCAGAGUGUGCAAGACUCAGUGACAUCCUGCCAUGGCCAUGUUCACAACAUGCAUGACAGUAUAACUUCGUGUCACAGCCUCCUCCUGCCUUCUCAAGGGGUCCAUUCCUGCCAGUGGCGCAUGUAUGGUUCAGUCAAUCCCUCUUCUAAUGCAACCGGUUGUGAAAAACAAGAUCCAUUUACAGUGCAAUAUGAGCAAGAACCCAACACAUACAGCUGCACAAAAAAGACAGAAGAUGAAGACAAGGAGAUGCAUUCUCUGGACAUGGAGCAGAGAGGCUUUCCAAGAAAUACCCUUCCUCGACAGCAUUCCACUGUUAGCCGCAGAGGAGUCAUUGGUCGAAACAGGAGUCUGCAAGAAGAGAGCCUGUUUGGUUCAGAUGCUACAGGAAAUAUACGGACUGGGCCUUGGAAGAACGAAACUACAGUUUAGCUGUGAUAACGUCAUAGCAGCCUUCAAGUAACACCAUCUUUACUGAUGGCCUGUUAGGGUGAUCAGUUAGGGUAUGCUGUCAGCUGUACCCUAAAACAACCUCAAAGAGUCUUCAUAUUGCUUUAGGACUAAAUUAACUUGUCCUUCUUAGUAAUAUUUGAUCAUGAAACAAGUUGCUGAAUCCACAUUAUGCUUUAAAGCUGCAAGCAAUAUUAAAUGAAUACUCAGGGGAACACUGGCUCAUUAAUUAGCACUUUGGGAGAAAAGAAAGUUUGAACCAUAUGAGUUCCACUUAGAUGUUAAUUUGUUUUAGCUCUUUUAGUUUCCUCCAACAAUCUAAAAUGUAUGCAUCUAGCAAAAUUGAAAUACCAGCACCUCACAUUUUAAACGUUGCAGACCACACAGACCAGGUAUGAAAUAUACCCAGACUCAAUUGCCCUUGAUUUUCUACAAAACAAGACUCUUUACUAAAAGUUCAUAUGCAUUAAAAAAAACUUCUAGUAACUUUGUUUAGAUCCAUUUGUGUCAGAGACACAGAUAAGAAUCCCCCUCCCCCCGACCACAUAAGUCAGGAUGAUAUAUUUAAUUUCCCUUUGGGAUUAAUAAAGUAUUUUUGAAUUGAAUUGAAUUGAAUGAUCCUUCUGUCUGGGUAUGGAUGCUAUUCUAAUAGAAUUUUUAAGGUUUCUCUUCCUGUUGUUUGCUCUAUAGUUUAGUAAAUAAGAAGAAAUUUCAACGUAAACCUCUAUACAUAGAUAAUUGUAAAAAUGAUAUGAAAUUUUAUUUCCUCAGGCGAUAUGUGUUGUGAAUUUAUAAAUAAACUCAGUUGAAUUCAAAGUAAAAUAUAAGACAGCCACACUGAAAAUGUAUUAAUUCAAUUCCAUAAAAUUUAUUAUAAUUGAAAAUAUCUAAGACUUCUAAAGAAAACCUGCUGAUUUCUGAUUUUUCUUUAGGUUUUUGGGAUUCAUCAUCUGUAAAGUUGUUUUCUUUCUGGCAUUUACACAGACUUUAAGUACAUGUGAUUCUGGCAUUCUGUCUUACUAUAACACUAUUAUUUCAAAGAUGUGUGAUGACUAAUUUGAAACACUGAAAUCAGUUAGAGCAUGUGUGUGACUUUUAAGUGCGCAAAAGUGCAUGAAUAAUUAGACACGUGUGUGUGUUUGUGUCAUGUGUUUUUAACUCUGGAAUCACCCUUAUUCAAGUUUAUUAAUUUCUUGAUAAAGUUGUAGUUAUGAAGUCUAUGAAUUUCCUUUGAUAAGUAUUGCACAAGUGUACACUAAAGGACCUCUCACCUGUUGAGAUAAUAUUUCAAAAGUGCAAUGUGCUAGAAAGCACAAUGGUUUUAUAGUGCCAAAAUGAUGUGCCAGUUGUCACUGUGAUGAAAAACUACACAAACUCAUUCUCAAAGAGAGAUUACUGUUUGUAGCAGAAUACAAACUUUUACUCAGGUUUUAGAAUAUCAUUGGCAACACUUUGAAGAGCUCUUCAAAACGCAUGUUUUCCAAAGCUAUGCAUCAUUAAGCCAAGUGUGUUUCUGUGAAUCUGUCUCAUUCUCAUCUUCAUUCUCAUUUAACCAGCUAGAGGUUCUGGUCUUUUGCCCAGCAAUGUUCUCAUGCACUUAAGUUUGGGUGAUGUUACAAUAGCUCACUCAGAUCACGACUCACAAAAAGUGAGGGAUAGUUUCAAGUACAAUUACCUUUACAGGCGAAUUUAAUAUGACCUUCUCCAAACUUCUGAAUGCACAUGUCCAACUGUUUAAUGUUUCAGUACUUUUUGCACAGCUUGCUGUUCUAUAACAGGGACCUUAACUGCAAAAUUCCCAUCAGGGGUUUGGUCCAUGAAUUGACCAUUAAGUUUCCUAGUUUAAUCAGAAAUGGGAUCUAAACAGGCCUCCUCAUCAUGCUGUUCACAUCUUCACAGCAUGAGACCAAGACAACACCUAACAAUUGAUCAACAGGACCUCGCCAUGGCGACGUUUCAAAAAGGAUGUACUUAGACGGAAGGGUCAACUGAGUUUAGAGUCACAGUGUCAUCAACAAGUUGCAACAGAGAUACAGAGACCGGAAGAGUCACAGAGAGGCAUAGAAGCAGACGUACUUUAGCCACAUCCCACACUGAUGACCUCUUCAUAGUGAACAGGGCCCUCCAGAACCGGAUAAUGAAUGCCACUUGACACGAGGCACAUUGAAGGGAGGUGAGAGGCACCCAAGUGUCUGUGUGCUAGACAACCUGCAAAAGUACCUGACCACACCUCCAGGCACAGGCUUUAUGGUCUUGCAUAGACCGAGGAGCAUUUUUUGUUGUGGUCUACCCACCAUUGUUGUUGUCUUUUGUUUCAAUAAAUCGCUUCACAUGAGGAAAUCACCACUAUGUGCUUCUACUUAAAUGCCCAAUUUUUUUUACGUUUUCCAUAAAUUUCACCCGAAAGCCAAAUAUGCCUAACUUUUUGUGAGUUGUGUAUUUUCUGAUCUUAUUUUUACUGAAAGUAACAGGAAAUUAUUUAAAGCACUAAAAUAUUAACCUGUCUAUGGAAGUGAAUUACAAGAAAACAUCUUGGUCCUUGGAGCUCACAGACACUGCAUGUUUUCUGUUUCCCUGUUUUAACACACCUCAUUCAACAUGGCAGAAAAAGCUUCUGCAGAACCAUAGCCUUCUGUGGCACCUAGCAUUAAAUGUAAAAGCACAUACUUUUUAAUCUGACGAAGUUUAAGUCAUGCUUACAUGUUUUAUAAUUAAUUCCUGCACACCCCUACACCAAGAAUGCUGUUCAUUUUAUCAGCAUUAAGUCGUAACACUGUGAAAUAUUUUAAGGUAAACAUUUUCACGGAUCUGUUAGCAAAGCCAUGUGUGAUGUCAGCAUAGUUGUAGUCAUCAUAUCUCAGUUAGCUUUGAGAUGAUGACUGUGUACAUGUGACGUUUUGUGUCCCAGUGUUUCAACAGCGUAAAGUGUCUUUGUAGCCAAUGGUCAGGAAUCAUCUGACUGGUUCUGUCUGAAUAUGAAAUGAUUUUCAGAUUUGCUUUUGUUUCUCACCUCUGUUGUGAAUUUUCUAAUGAUGCAGGAAGUCAGAUGUGCACCCUUAAAAAUAAAAGGAAGAGCUAUUUGAGCACUAUGUUGUCUGCACUGAAAAUAAAGAUUUACUGUGACUUACUG